AUGGAGAAGACCGACGCUACUCACAUUGAAUCCGCCUCCAUUGAGGAGGAUUUCAAGAAUGGCACUCAGAUCACCAUCACCGACCCCGAGAAGGCCUCGGGAGAGCUCAUGGCGACCGCUGAGGAGCUUUACCCCAGCGUAGACAAGAAAAAGCUGCUACGAAAGAUGGACUUCCACAUCAUCCCCAUGCUUUCUCUUCUCUACCUUCUGUGUUUCCUCGAUCGAGGUAACAUUGGUAACGCUAACAUCGAGGGCCUUUCUACAGAUCUCAACCUCACCGGUGAGCAGUACAACAUGGCCCUCACUGUCUUCUUCUUCACCUAUGCACCCCUCGAAGUCCCCUCUAACAUGCUGCUCAAGAAGUUCCGACCCUCCAUCUGGCUCCCUUCCAUCAUGGUUGCCUGGGGACUGGUUAUGACUCUGAUGGGCAUUGUUCAGAACUAUGGAGGUCUUCUCGCUACACGAGUCCUGCUCGGUGUCUUCGAGGCUGGUCUGUUCCCUGGUGUCGCAUAUUAUCUUACAACUUGGUACUGCCGAUCCGAGCUCCAGUUCCGACAGGCAAUGUUCUUCUCUGCCGCUUCCGUGGCUGGUGCAUUUUCUGGUCUACUUGCCUUCGCCAUUUCCAAGAUGCGAGGCGUCGCUGGACUCGAGGGAUGGAGAUGGAUCUUCAUCCUCGAAGGUAUCGCCACCGUUGUUGUUGGAUUCAUUGCCUACUUUACUCUCUACGAUUACCCUGAGACCGCCAAGUUCCUGACUGAGGAUGAGCGACAGUACAUCAUGUACCGAAUCAAGUUUGACGGCCAGUCUUCCUCCUCCGCUGUGGCCCAGGAUGACUCCAUGAACUCCAAGUACCUCUGGGACGCCUUCAAGGACAUCCAGACCUGGCUGCAUCUCGGACUCUUCUGGGGUAUUAUCUGUCCUCUUUACUCCAUCUCCUUCUUCCUGCCCUCCAUUAUCAAGAACCUCGGCUACACCUCCUCCAAGGCCCAGCUACUGACCAUCCCCAUUUACAUUGUGGCUGCCUGCUGGGGUGUGCUGCAGGCAUGGCUCUCCGACCGGCUGCAGAAGCGAUCUAUCUUUGUCGCCUUCAACUUGUGUUGCAUGAUGCUGGGUUACAUUCUGGCUAUCUCCAUUUCUGCCGCAGCCCACCCUGCUGCUACAUAUGUUGGUUGCUACCUGGCCGCAUUUGGAAUCUACCCUGCCAUUCCCGGUAUUAUCUCUUGGAUCUCCAACAACGUGUCUGGAUCGUACAAGCGAGCCGUGGCCAUGGCCGUGCAGAUCGGUAUUGGUAACCUUCUUGGAGCCGUCUCCACUAACAUUUAUCGAGUGCAGGACAAGCCCCAGUACCGACUCGGACACUCCGUCAACCUGGGCUUCAUCGUCCUGGGCUUCGUGUGUCUAGUUAGUCUGCGAAUCUUCUACACCCGGCAGAACACCCUCAAGAAGGAGCGACUUGCCUCUGGCUACUACGACAGCAUGUCCGAGGAUGAGUUCGCCCAGCUUGGUGAUCGAUCUCCUUACUUUGAGUACAAGCUCUAG